GAUGGCCCUCUAAACCCCGCAGGGGCCCCACGUGUCAUUCUCCGUCCACGCCGGCUCAUCCAACCUGAAGCCUCAUCGAGAACUUCCCUUCCCCCUUCUGGUGGAGCCGGCACAAUCGUUCGCGCUCCGAUUGCAACGCCGCCAUUCCUCUCGCCCUCUCCCUCUGUUUCUUAAACCUUUCCCUUCUCUCGGAGCCUCUCCUCCUUCCCUGGCGGCGACGACUGGGCGAGCGGCGGCGCCAUUUGUCCUGUCUUCACCAGCCCUUUGCCGGCGACGAGCGCAUCCUCCAGGGCAAUGGGAGCAUCCGUGACAACUGGUAUGCAGAUGCUGGCCAUGCGCCCAUGCAUCCCAGCCUGCAAACAAGUGCUUGGUUCGACAUCAGCGCUAUCUGCAUUUGGAAGGGCACUUAGUACCAGAACUGGGUUUGGCAGCUGUUCCAAACCCACAUCAGUGGGGCCAAUGACUUCUUCAAAUUGUAAGAGGGUUAUUGUGAGGGCAAUGUCUCAGAGAGGGUCUCAAGGGCUUCCCAUUGAUCUCACAGGCAAAAGAGCAUUUAUUGCUGGAGUUGCUGAUGAUAAUGGUUAUGGUUGGGCAAUUGCUAAGGCUCUUGCUGCAGCUGGUGCUGAGAUUCUUGUUGGUACAUGGGUGCCUGCAUUGAACAUAUUUGAGACAAGCUUGAGACGUGGAAAGUUUGACGAAUCACGGAAGCUACCUGAUGGAUCCCUUAUGGAGAUCGCUAAAGUAUAUCCACUGGAUGCGGUUUAUGACACUCCUGAGGAUGUUCCUGAAGAUGUUAAAGCCAACAAAAGAUAUGCUGGUGCUUCAAACUGGACUGUUAAGGAAGUUGCUGAAACUGUGAAGAAUGAUUUUGGCAGCAUUGAUAUCCUCGUGCAUUCUCUCGCUAAUGGUCCUGAGGUAACAAAGCCACUGUUGGAGACAUCAAGGAGAGGGUAUCUUGCUGCAAUUUCAGCAUCUAGUUAUUCCUUUGUUUCCUUACUUCAACACUUCCUUCCCAUAAUGAAUCCAGGAGGUGCUAGUAUCUCUUUGACCUACAUAGCUUCUGAGAGGAUAAUUCCGGGCUAUGGUGGUGGUAUGAGUUCAGCAAAAGCAGCACUCGAGAGUGAUACAAGAGUUCUUGCGUACGAAGCAGGUCGAAAAGGCAAAAUCAGAGUAAACACAAUAUCAGCAGGUCCCCUGGGAAGCAGGGCUGCGAAAGCUAUCGGAUUCAUCGAGAAGAUGAUAGAGUAUUCCUAUGUCAAUGCACCACUGCAAAAGGAGCUAUUGGCAGAUGAAGUUGGGAACACAGCAGCAUUCCUCGUGUCCCCGUUGGCGUCUGCAGUCACUGGCUCAACUAUCUACGUUGACAAUGGGCUCAACACAAUGGGACUUGCACUUGACAGCCCAACUUUAUCCACAUAGGAGGCUCUCGGCUUUGGAAUUAGUUCAGAGGACGGUAGAUUUUGCAGGAAAUUGAGUUUAUUGUUUGCAUUAAUUUGAACUAUCAGUUGCCCUCCGGGAAUAGAAUCGUAGGAUGCAGUUUAUGGGUCCAUGUAAUGCUAGGGUUUAGCUUUUCUAGGCAACUGAGCUCCCUUUGCUGUCUUCAGCUUCUGUUCGUUGUAAGUAAAUCGUCCAAGGUCUCGACCUUUGUGGUAAAUGUUUUUUAUAAACAA